AUGAAAGGAAACUUGUGGUUCAUUGUUUUGUUUUUGGUUCUGUCUUUGGCCAUUUUUUCUUGUGCAGCUUUAACUCCACCAUACGAAAUCCGCAAGCUUUUGAAUAUAAAAACACCACCUAGUGGUUCAAGACCCGCACCUCAAUUUCAUUAGCUACAAGGAAAGAACUUCUUUCAAAGAAAGAGCACUAGAAUUUAGCCCUGGGCACGAAGCGAAUAUUCGGAAAAUUUGUGAUAUUUGUGAUUCGCUUCGCCUCGACUGAAU